AUGGCAACCGCCGUCGAGCAACCCCAAGUGCCCCAGGAGCUCAGGACUUCGGCUCCCGAGUCUCUUCCUAAGAGUGCUAUCCCAGCCGCCGUCGCUUCUCCCGCUCCCGCCCCUGCAGCCACCGAAACUGUCUCAUUGAGAGCUGAGGAGACUCCCGCAUCCACUCAAGAGACAAAGGCUCCUGUGGUCGCUGAGGCUCAUCUCGUCGAUACCUAUCACCCUCCUCAGCGCAUGUUUGCUAAGCAUCCCCACCGGCCCCACCUUGCCAACCUCGAAGAGUACAAGCGACUUUACAAGGAAUCCAUCACUCAACCCGAGAAGUUCUGGGCUGAGCGCGCACGCGAGCUCAUCUCUUGGGACCGCGACUUCCAGACCACCCGAAGUGGUUCUCUUCUCAAUGCCGAUGUCUCCUACUUCAACGAGGGCCGUCUGAAUGCCUCAUACAACUGUGUCGACCGUCAUGCUUUCAAGGAUCCUGAUCGUGUUGCCAUCAUUUACGAGGCCGACGAGCCUACCGAAGGUCGUAAUGUCACCUAUGGAGAGCUCCUCCGAGAGGUCUCUCGUACCGCCUGGGUUCUCAAGCAGAUGGGCGUCCGCAAGGGCGACACCGUUGCUAUCUACCUUCCUAUGAUUCCCGAGGCCAUCAUCGCUCUCAUGGCCUGUGUCCGUAUUGGUGCCGUGCACUCCGUUAUCUUUGCUGGUUUCUCUUCCGACUCUCUCCGCGACCGUGUUGUCGACGCCGGCUGCAAGGUUGUCAUCACAACUGAUGAAGGCAAGCGAGGUGGCAAGUUGAUUGGCACGAAGAAGAUUGUUGAUGACGCUCUCAAGCAAUGCCCUGCUGUUGAGAACGUCCUUGUCUAUAAGCGUACUGGCUCAGAAAUUCCUUGGACCAGUGGCCGUGACUUCUGGUGGCAUGAGGAGGUUGAGAAGUGGCCCAACUACUUCCCUCCCGAGCCUGUCGCUUCCGAGGACCCUCUAUUCCUCCUUUAUACCUCCGGCUCUACUGGCAAGCCUAAGGGUGUCCUGCAUACAACCGCUGGGUACCUCCUCGGCGCUGCUAUGACCGGAAAGUAUGUCUUUGACAUCCACGAGGGCGAUAGAUACUUCUGUGGUGGUGAUGUCGGCUGGAUUACCGGUCACACCUAUGUCGUUUAUGCUCCUCUUAUGCUCGGUGUAUCCACAGUUGUAUUCGAGGGUACACCUGCCUACCCCAACUUCUCACGAUACUGGGACAUCAUCGAGAGGCACAACGUUACCCAAUUUUACGUUGCUCCCACCGCUUUGAGACUGCUGAAGCGUGCUGGUGACGAGCAUGUUCGUGGCAAGUUCGCUCACCUCCGCGUACUGGGCUCGGUCGGCGAACCUAUCGCCGCCGAGAUCUGGAAGUGGUAUUUCGAAGUUAUUGGAAAGGAGGAGUGCCACAUUGUUGAUACUUACUGGCAAACCGAGUCUGGUUCUCAUGUUCUCACGCCCUUGGCUGGAAUUACACCAACCAAGCCAGGCAGUUGUUCUUUGCCCUUCUUUGGGGUCGAGCCCGCUCUCAUCGAUCCUGUUUCUGGCGAAGAGAUUCACGGCAACGAUGUCGAGGGUGUGCUGACCUUUAAGCAGUCCUGGCCUAGCAUGGCUCGCACCGUGUGGGGAGCUCACAACCGGUACAGAGAGACUUACCUUGAUGUCUACAAGGGUUAUUACUUCACUGGAGAUGGAGCUGCUAGAGAUCACGAGGGUUUCUACUGGAUUCGGGGUCGCGUUGACGACGUCGUCAAUGUUAGCGGCCACCGAUUGUCCACUGCGGAGAUCGAGGCUGCUCUGUUGGAGCACCACUCUGUUGCUGACGCAGCUGUCGUCGGUAUCGCCGAUGAGCUUACUGGCCAAGCUGUGAAUGCCUUUGUUGAUCUCAAGGAGGGCGUUGAAUCAAGUGAUGCUCUGCGCAAGGAGCUCAUUGUCCAAGUGCGCAAAAGCAUUGGUCCUUUCGCUGCUCCCAAGGCGGUGUACGUUGUACCUGACAUGCCCAAGACGCGAAGUGGCAAGAUUAUGCGACGAGUAUUGAGGAAGAUUGUUGCUGGUGAGGAGGACCAGCUCGGAGACAUUACUACUCUUUCUGAUCCUUCAGUUGUUGAGAAGAUUAUCAAGGCUGUUCACGAUGCCAAGCGCAAGUGA